AUGACUAGCCAUGUGUUCUGGGAAAAAUGGGAGUUCUGGCAGAUUCUAACGCUGUCAGAUAACAUUCAAUUCAGUAAACAAACAAGGAAAGAAGAAAGCUGCCACUAUUUACAAACAUUGUCUGGACUUACAGUGGCACUGUCAACAGGCGCUUGUCUGUCUCUUGACACAACAUUCAAGUCUGUGGGGAAAGCAACAGUAACUGACAAAAAGUCAAGUCAAAAACUUGGAGUUGCACCACCAAAUAUGAUUAUUGCUGACAAUUGUUGCUAUAUUUGUAUUGCAAUUCUCAGUGUGUUUCCUGGGGUACACAUUGGCCUCAAUGUCUUGCAUUUUAUUAUGAGGUAUCUAGCAUCGGUUUUGAAUGGAAUAAAGAAUCCCCUGUGUUCAGUGGUCGCUCAAGAAGUAAGCAAUGCAGUCCUCAAGACAGAAGCCUCUAAAAACGGACAGAUGGCAGAAUACCGAGAUAAAUUUGAACAAGAGGUGCUUCUGCAGAGGAUGUUUGAGAAAUGGGCUGAAAAAGGUGGUGUAUGGUCAGAGGCAGCAUCCAAGGUACAUGCAGACCAACUUGCCCAUGUGAAGAAGGGCUGUCUGUCUCGAAUGCGCCAAGACAUCCGCUCUGAUGGAAGCCAAAUUGAGGGAUCACACAAUGGGAUGGAACUUACUAAUGAGGUCCUUUUCAAGUGGUCUCAAAAUUCAGAGAAUGCGGGCACAUUUGGUGGACUGUUUCAGAUAAAAGCAGAAGACCCAAACCUCGAGGAUAACAGCAUAUUUGACCCCCCCAAAUGCAAUGACAAUCUUGAGCCAAAGUAUGUACUGGCGUCUAUGAACAUUGAUUUGGCAUUACUUUUUUUACCUCAAGCUCCAGAAGCAUCUAGCUUGUUUACAUUGGACAAUAAUGCCACAACUUCUGUGAUGCAAAUUGGACCGCCAAAAUGCAAGGUAACAUUCUGUGACUUGACUGGUGAUGAUGCUCUGGCUUCUGAGGGUCCAACUGUGAAAAGGGGCCGGUUGCUCUCUCCAUAUUUACCAGCAGAACACCAGCAAGCAGGCACAAAGAGAAUACAGGAUGGCCAGAUGGUCCUGAAAGGAAAAGAACAAACCUCACAUGUAGACUCGAAUGACCAACCUGAGAUUAUCCCUAAAACCAAUGUCUUCACCUCAACCAACCAUGAUCAGCAUAUUAUUUCUAAAACCAAUGUCUUCACCUCAACCAACCAGACAAGCUCGAAGGCAAUCCAAGGUAACCAGGCACUCAAUCCCAUCGACAAAUUCUUUACAUCUCAGAAGGACAAUGAAUUCUACCUCUUCAUGGACAUGCAUUUGGAGCAAAAGUGGACGUUGUUUGGAAUGACAUCUCGCAAAUGGGUGCAGGCUACAAAGGACUACUAUGCACAGCUGGAGGGUUUGAAUAAGUCCAUAGGGCAGCAACCAUACAAAAGAAGCCUCGCGCCUUGUUUGAAAAACUCGGUGACAUUGAGGCUUAGUUGA